CCAAGGAUCGUAAAAAGAGCAAAAUGAAGGUUGUUUCAAGAUUGGAGGCCUCUAAGCGAGGCAAGAAUGAUAUUCCUGCAUCAGCCUCUAUAACUCUGACUGUGCUGUCUGCUGCCCCAGAAGGCACUGGUUCCAGUAUUCUACUUAAGCUGGCUUGUGAUAGGUAUUUGUUUAAUGCUCCAGAAUCCGUGCAGUUAUUCACAGAAAGUGUCAACAUCAAUAUGGUGAACAAUAUCUUUUUCACAAGAAAAGGUCAUGAAGCUCUUAGUGGCCUUGGUGGGUUUCUAUUGUGUAAUACUGAAAAUUUUGAGCGGUCUGAAACAAUAAAACUACAUGGACCUCCAAAUGUGGUGAGUUAUAAAACCUGUAUGCAUUAUAUUUAG